CUAAAAGAUGGUUUUAUGCAAGUCCGUUUUCUUGGUGAUUUACCUGAUUUUAAAUCUGGUGAAAUUUAUGAAAUGGUUGAAUCACCUGGCUAUUACGAGGCCUAUUGCCAUAACCUCGAAGGACUACAGGAAAUUUCUGACGAAAAAAUGCCUUUAGGUCGUUAUCUUGUCCAAUGCAAAACAAUUGUUAAUCCACCAAAAUACAUUACUGUCCAUGAAAUGGCACCACCAAUUCACCCUGAGUUUGCAGUAGCAGAUAAUGACGUAUUGCCAAUUAGCCCAAGAUAUAAUCUUCAAGGCGUUUUACGUUCAAUGGAUGCACGAUCCGUGCAAAUUUUGGAACCCGAAAGUUGGCCAAGAGCCGACAGUGUUUCUUUGAACCAAUCGCAAAUGAAUGCAAUUCAAGCUGCUCUAACUGAAGAGUUUGUAGUCAUUCAAGGUCCACCAGGCACUGGAAAGACGUAUGUUGGUCUCAAGAUCGUGCAAGCUUUGUUACAAAAUCAGGAUUACUGGCGUACGAACCAAAUGAGCGCCGGACCAAUGCUUGUUGUUUGUUAUACAAACCACGCCUUAGAUCAGUUUCUUGAAGGUAUUCUUCAAUUUAACCAAAACGAUGUUGUUCGUGUUGGUGGUAGAAGCAACAGUGAUUUGUUAAAACCUUUUAACUUGUCCAAUAAAGCUAGACGAACUGCUGCUUGGCAUUUAGCCAGUAACGAGCUUGAUAUGACUGAACGUAGUAUCAAAGAAAGAAAAAACUGUAUUCAGAAAGCUAACGAGAGAAAACUUAAGUUUGAAGACUUGAUUACAGUCAUUGAUGAACGCGAAGCUAACCAAUUAUUGCCUUAUGUGUAUUUCGCAGAAUUUUAUGGAACUACCGUUCUUGAUGCCUGGCUUAAUAUGCAACACUUGCCAUUCUGUGCUAGUGACUCUCAGAACAUGAACGAGAAAAUUUUUGAAAAUCACGUCUUCAAUAAGAGAGAAAAUGAUUUGACUGACGACGACGAUGAUGAAGAUAGUAAUGAGGAGGAGGAUGAUGAGGAUACUGAUGAAGAUAGUAAUGACGACAAGGAGGACGAGGAUACUGAUGAAGAUAGUAAUGAGGAGAAGGAGGAUGAGGAUACUGAUGAAAUAAUUACUGUAGAUGUGGAAAAAGAUGCAGAAAUAAUUACUGUAGAUGUGGAAAAGGAUGCAGAAAUAAUUACUUUAGAUGUGGAGAAAGAUGCAGAAAGAUUGCAGAAUGAACGCAUCCUUAAUGAUGAAUUUGCUCCAGUGCAACAGUACGAGGAUGACAUAAAAAUACAUAUGACUCAAGAUCAACUUAACCUCGUUAAUGUUCAAGCAAGAUCUAAUGCAUUUGAAGAGAAACAAGGAAACGGCCAUUGGCAAGAGAUGAGAGAUCUCAGUCUAUGGGAAUUAGAUUUAAACACACGUCUUCAAUAUUACCAACAUUGGUCCAAUCUUUACCAUGAAAUGCAUAACAGGAAAUUAGAAGAACUUUAUCAAGAGUAUGAAACUGCGUGCAGAAAAUUCAAAGAAAUUAAACAUGGACAAGAAGAAGAUACGUUACGGAAAGCCACUGUAAUUGGAAUGACUACAACUGGAGCAGCUAAGUAUAGAAACGUUUUGCAAAUGAUCAGACCCAAAAUUGUAAUUGUAGAAGAAGCUGCCGAGGUUUUAGAAGCCCAUAUUGUUACUGCCUUGUCAGAAGGAGUGGAACACUUGAUUUUGAUUGGAGAUCACAAACAACUGAAACCUAACCCGUGUGUCUUUACGCUUGCGAAGCAGUACAAUCUUGAAGUAUCUUUGUUUGAGCGUAUGGUAAGAAACGGAAUGAAAUGUCAUACACUAGACACACAACACCGCAUGCGUCCCGAGAUCGCUCGUUUAAUGAAAUUCAUUUAUCAGGAUCUAAAAAAUCAUUCAAGUGUGGAACGGUUUGACGAUGUCAUGGGAAUUUCCAAGAAUAUCUUCUUUAUUAAUCACCAAGAAGCGGAACAGUCAAAUGACGAACUUAAAAGUCACUCAAACGAUCAUGAGGCAAAUUUCAUUGUUGCUUUAUGUCAGUAUUUGCUACAACAGGGUUACGGUCCAUCAACUAUUACUGUUCUUACAACUUAUACUGGGCAAUUGCUGCAUCUCAAACGUCUUAUGCCCAAAACAAAAUUUGAGGGUGUUCGUUUGUGUACUGUCGAUAACUUUCAAGGGGAAGAAAAUGAUAUAAUUUUGUUGUCCCUUGUCCGUAGCAAUGAAGAAAAGAAAAUUGGAUUCCUUGGUAUUUCCAACCGCAUUUGUGUCGCCCUAUCUCGUGCACGCAAAGGAUUCUAUUGUAUUGGAAACAUCUCAAUGUUAGCUGAAAAGAGCAAUUUAUGGCACAAAAUUAUGAAAGAUCUCGAAGUCCAGGGAGCCAUUGGAGCAGCUUUGCCAGUUUACUGUCAAAAUCAUAAAAAUACAAAAUUUGGAAUGAGGAGCGCUCAAGAUUUUAAAAAGGUACCUCAAGGUGGGUGUACUCUUCCCUGUGAUUACCGUCUUGACUGUGGGCACAAGUGUGAGAUGGUGUGUCAUCCAGCUGAUCGCGAACAUAAAGAGUAUGAUUGUAAAAAAUUGUGCAAAAAGGAGGUGUGUCCUCAACAUCAGUGCCGUAGAAAAUGUCAUCAUGGAGAACCCUGUGGUCCUUGCAGAGAGAUAGUUACUAAAAAACUCCCGAAAUGUGGGCAUGAAGUAAAAAUGCAAUGCGGUCAAGAUCCUUCUUUAUUCAACUGCCCCAAACCGUGUGAAAGAAUCUUGGAAUGUGGUCAUUCAUGUCAAGCUACUUGUGGCGAAAUAUGCUCAAAAAGGAAAUGCAAAGAAAUUGUUGACAGAAUUUUAUUUUGUGGGCAUAAAAAAUCAUUUGAAUGCUGGCUUCCUAUUGAAGAAUGUAAAUGCUUUGAACCUUGUGACACUUUGUUGGAGUGUGGGCACAAGUGUCAAGGUAAUUGCCAUGAUUGUAAGCAGGGUCGUAUUCACAUUGUCUGUAAGCAUCCAUGUGGUCGUACGCUGAUUUGCUCUCAUCCAUGUGACGAACCAUGUACAAAUGAUUGUCCACCUUGUCAACGGAAAUGCGAAAAUCGUUGUAUUCAUAGCGCAUGCGGAAAGAAAUGUGGAGAACCGUGUGCACCAUGUCAAGAACCAUGCACGUGGCAAUGUAAGCAUAAAAAGUGUACUAAAAAAUGUUCGGAAAUUUGUGAUCGCAUGCCAUGUAAUGUAAAAUGUCGUAAAAAGUUGCCAUGCAAUCACAGAUGCGUUGGAUUAUGUGGUGAAAAAUGCCCACGGCUAUGUCGCAUUUGUGACAAAGACGAGCCGAAAAUUUUCUUUGGCACUGAAGACAGGCACGGUGCAAGAUUUAUUGAGCUUUUGGACUGUCACCACGUUUUUGAGGUCACUGCUCUCGAUCAAUGGAUGUCCCUUGCCGAAGAAGAGAGCUCAGGCAUACAACUCAAGGCUUGCCCCAAGUGUAAAACUCCAAUAAGAAAGAGCUUUCGUUAUGGAAAUCUUAUUAAAAAGGUUUUGCAAGAUAUUGAAACUAUCAAAAGUAAAGUCAGAGAGAACGGUGCCAACAUAGAGCAAAGAAAGAAAGAGUUGAAAGCACAACUGUCAGAAAUUAGUUCUAAAUAUCCCGACCCUUUACAUCCAUUAGAUCAAAACCGCAACCGUCGAAGUAGGAGACCAUUAAUUCCAUUUAGAAAAAACUUGAUCGAUGCAACAUCUUCAGUUUUCUUUGAAAUUGAGACUGAAAUAAACAAUGUCGACAGCAAUCAGAAAUUGGACGUGAUCUCUUAUAAAAUACAGCUUCUUCGACCUAUUUAUGAAAUCAAAGCAAGGUUCAUAUCGCGCUUACAGGAAAAGAUACCUCUUCAGUCGCAGAUUAUGGAACUAGAAACAUUGGUGUUAAAGUGCGAUAAAUUAACGUCGCAGCUGAUCGCAGAUGUACAACAAGAAAUCCAGCGAACAGCGUUGGCGUGUAAGUUGAAAGUACUCCAAGAGGAUAUAAAGAAGUAUAACAAGACAGUGUCUUAUGAACAACAAUUAAAGCUUGAUGCAAUCUCGUCGUUAUUCCUCUCCCCCCGUAAAAUUAAUAAUGAUAUCAGAGAAUCAGCUAUCCGUGAUCUCGAUCAAAUUAGUCAGGAUCUCCAACUUGGUGCAAUUACCGCUGAAGAAAAAGCCGAAAUUGUUAAAGCGAUGGGCUUAACAAAAGGCCACUGGUUCAAGUGUCCCAAUGGUCAUAUAUAUGCUAUUGGAGAUUGUGGUGGCGCAAUGGAAAGAGGUAAAUGCCCUGAAUGUCAUGCAGUUAUAGGUGGUGAAAAUCACACAUUAGAAGCUGAUAACCAAUUGGCUUCUGAAAUGGAUGGUGCUAGGCAUCCUGCUUGGUCUAAUCAAGUUAAUCUCGUUAAUUAUGAUCCUGAAGAACUCAGGGCUCUACAAUUUUUCUAAGAAAUCAUAAAGGACUGCGUGGGCAGGAAAUAUAGCAUUAACAAUCAAAUGACAGAACUUAUUAAAGUAUCAAUAUUUGCUCCCACUCUAACUACAUGACACAAAGAAUACUCAUAGAUCAUGAUUGGAAUUUUCAUACGUUUUCCAAUAUUUUCUUCUAACGGUACAUUUUACAACUGCUAAUACAAACAAUAAGUUUCCAAGCUACUUGCCAUAAAACCAUUGUGAACAUGUCUUAUCAACUGUUACAAGUCUCCAUGCAUGUUGUUACCGGAAGCACUAAAGCCUACGUUGGAAUGACCUAUGUAUUGUGCAAAAAAGAAGAAUAGUUUAUGUUUAGUACUGGUCAAGAACUGAUUUAAUCAGCUCUUUUAGUUGAGGGUUGAAAGUAGUACAUAAUGUUAGGUUUAAUCAGGUUUAAUUUUCUGAUUUGAACUUUUAAAAUCGUCAAUAGCAUAUUUUCACAUUAUUUCGGGAUGAUUGUGAGAAGUUCCUGUUUUUGUAUUUUACUUUUGAUGUUUUUUCCGCAUAAGUUAUAUAUGGAUAAAAAAGAGUUAUAUGAACUGUCUAAAUCAUGUAUUGUUUUGUUUUACUACAGUAUAUUGGUUUUGUGAUAAUAUAUAAAAGAGAAAAUGCA